AUGAUUCAGGCCGACUCUGUCGAACUGAAAGUAGGACAGAACUACCUAGAAGGUAUUCCGAAAACGAAGGUUCCUGACCCUUCGGAAGCCAUGAUCACGAAGACCUUCGUGAGAGCGGAGGGCGAAAGCCAGCUUUCUAAUAAGGUAUGUCGCCAAAUAGUGAAUUUGUACACGGCUAGCUGUCCCGGGAAAGUGGUUACACACGAUGACGUCCAGCUGCGGUGGAUUGGUAGUCAUUAA